AUGAAUUCCUUCGAAUCACACAGCAUGACGGCUACCACUACAGAACAGACGACUACUACAACCAUUAGCAAGCAUGGAACGGCGAAGAAGUGGCUGCAACGGCAUCUUCGCAAAGUGGCAUCGCGACAGACGCUGAAGAACGAUGAGGGACCAAUUGAGAUACGGCGAAAACCAUCAGUCAGGCGGCCGCGUACGGCACCUUCAACAGGAGCGACACCGAGCCUGCAAGACGCACCAGCAGUACCCCCGCUCCCGAUACUUGUAGAGCGGGUGUCGCCUCGACCGCCGGUUCUACCUCCUCUCCGUCCAGCGAGACCCGAUUCUGGCGUGAUACGGGACGUCAAUGCAUGGCUCGAUGCUAGCAUGAAUACGCCUUCACCCCCGCUCAUGGGAGGCCUUUCGUAUUGGAGAGCAGCGACAAAUGUUCAGAUGCCUUCGCUUUUACGAACCAAGUCUCAGCGCCAGGCAUGUCGGAAGCAAAUCAACAGACAGUCAGCAUCGAUGCCACUCUUAGCCAUCUCCUACGAGGACGUUGCGGAAGCCCCUGGUACCAUGCUCAUGUCCCGAUCUGGAUCGCUUCGUCGCCCCGUCACAAGGCCAUCGACACGACAUCCUUCGACGCGCGCCAGUGCGCUUCUGUCAAUCGACCAACAGUCGCAGCUACCCUCCCGGAUGGGCACCCCAGCGAGUGCACGACUCGGCGAUACAGAGAGCGUGUUUGAGCGCCGUCUUAACGCCAUAUUCAUGCGCACGGCACGAAGCGCAGACAGCACCCGGCCAUCGACAGCAGCGGCCGGUCUCAUCCGCGAAGACUCGAUGGGCGACCUCUCCGACGCCCCGACAUACUUCUCGGGACCUCCACCACCUUCCUACCGGUCGCGCCCCGAGUCUCUGCUCAGCACUUCUUCGUUCGGCUGCAUCGAUGGCAUGAACCCUACACAGCGACAGAUCACUCCCACAGCCAAACGGCUCCCCGACCUCACCUCCCUCGACACGCGCGUGAACCGGCCAGCCGCCAUGACCAGACAGUCGUCGUCGCAGUCGCACAUCUCGCAGUCGCCGUCCGAGGGCGCCCAGCGCUCAGCCCAUCACAAGAGCCAGCGCCAUCAUGUCGUCGGCCAACGCGUGCAGCGGAAUACGUCCUUCGGCAAGAACCUCAACAAGCUGAGCAAAGCCGAGAAGCAGGCCCAGCAGGCGCUCCAGGGCGCAGAAAACACGGGGCGACACCACCGCCGCUCGCAGUCGGGCAAUUCCAUUUCGGCGCCUAGCAGCCCACACGCGCGUCCCGGAAUGAAGCGCCAUGCGUCUUCCGGCGCCGUUGUGAGAGCAAACACGCAGCAAGCAAACCUGCGCAAAAACCACUCGAGCGGCCAUCUCCCGCCGCGGCAAGGGCAUGCGAAACACGCGCUGAAGGGGUCUAAGAACGAGAACGCUACUUCCAAGCGUGCGCUCGCGACUCCCUCUCGAUCUCGGCAAAGUUCUCCGGAGCCACACGCCGCGGUCCACUUUGACAUGCCCAAUGACGACGAGGAAGGAGACGAGGGCGGGUGGACCGAAGAGAGUGCGUCACAGUCGCCCACUACUACCCGAUCCAACACACGCUCCAACUCGGUCAUACUUGAGGCACAACACAGAGCGGCGGAGAUCAACAUGGAGAAGAACAGAGGAGAGUCGCAACACCCGGCCGGCACAGCUCGAGAAGCGCCCAGCCAGGCCACUCAGACGCUCACCGACCGCACGCGCACAAACACGCAGGUCAACGGCGGGAGCUCCUAUCAACAUUCUCGGCCUCCAGAUGCGGACAUGAUCACAUCGCGACUACUACAGCGCAGCGCCUCACACCAUGUCGCUCCCCAGACAUCGUCAGUCGCUGCGACCGUCGUAUCCUCCUCCGAUCGUCAUAAUCUGCUCAGUCACACAGCUGGGUCUGUUGGAUCUACGCUGGUAGACACGCCGGGGAACAACCUGGUAUCGCGCUUCAUGGACGGAGACGGUUCCGCAGGGACACCUCACGAUGGCGAGUACAUGGCUGCGCAUCAGCUCAAAGACGAUACCGAUGAAGGGGAGGUGGACAAGAUCAAGCGCAACAAAUCAAUGCCAAACUUCAAGGGCGGCGCGGACACACCCUCCAAGACGCCUCAGCGCUCUGGCGCGACUACACCAACCAACCUACCCCCAUCGCGGACACAGCAGAAGCUCAUGCUUCAACGUGCGUCGUCCAACAUUGAACCGCAGAAGCUCGUUCCCGUAACGCUUCCCCGCACGGGCGGUCCCACAUACCUUCAGUCCAGCAUCCACUACAACGGCAAUGGUGAGGGGCGCCUAGAUCCACGCCUGCAGCAGCAGUUCAACCACGUCGCGGUCGAGUACAACGUCGUGCGAAGAUACCGCAACCCAAUUGCAGACGCGCUUGCACGAAUCUACCAAACGCCUGGCAUGUCACGCAAAAUCCGCGUACCCAAGUCGCACGGCGCAAACGGCUUCACGACAGGAGCCAGCAGCCUGAGCACAAGUUUCAACGAAAGCGGCGUCGAAACAGAUGGGACGGGCUCGCGGAGAUCACGAGUCAGUUUCGACCAUGAUGCAGGUCGCGGCAAGACUAGUCGCGACGAGAACGACUUUCAACAGAGUUUCGAGAGUGACCAGGCGCGCAGCCGAAACGAAGCCGAGGAGAUCUGUCGCCGUUUAUGGGAGAGUGCCGAAGUAGUCGAAGCCGACUGA